GACUUUGACAAUUCCUGCAGGUCUCUCUGCGAGGGGCUUGGAGUUGACAAUAUACGGCCAUAUGUCCUGUCUGGUGGCACCGGUUACAAGUAUUAUAAGGGCAAUUAGCAAAGAGAUGCUCUGGAGAUUUGCAAUUACCACAUACUCGACGAGAGAUA